CCUCCCCCACUUGCACCGCAUAAAGCUCCGACCAAAACACUGCUGCUGCUCUAGCCAAGCAGAGGAGGAGAAGUGACCAAGUACAACAUCAUGGCUCCAGGACGCAUCUCGGCCGCUGCGCUGCUUGUCCUCGCGCAGCACCUCCAUGUCGACGCCUUCAGCCUGAACGGAUUCGCCGGAGCUUCGGUGCGACCACAGCAGACAAGGACGGCCUCUUCGGCCGCCCCCAGCAUGGUGGCCGCCGCUCCUCCCAACAGCAAGCCCAUGACCAAGGAGAUGCAGCGAAAGAUGGAGCGCCUGGAGCAGGAGCGGAUCCGCAAGUACGUUACCCCACCGGAGUCGUACGCUAACCAGCCCCUCUCGACCCCUACGAGCGAGCACCUCAUCGGGGAGGAGAUGGUCAAGGACGACGCUACCGCGAGCGCGCUCGCGGACAAGUGCAUCCUCGAGGCCGAGCGCCUCUUCGCUUCAGACGAGGGCUGGACCAAGGUGCUGGAAGAGGACGGCAUCUUCGUGGAGACCAAGGACGUGGCCGGUCCGUACCUCAAGUCCGGGGUGCGGGUGGUCAGGGGGCUGGGAGCGAUCAACGCGGACGCCGACGACUUCUACAACUUCCAGGUCUCCCGCGAGGGCUUCCAGUCGAUCGACGAGUACCUCGAGAACCACCGCAACGUGGACCGCCACGAGUGGGUAACGCAGCCGCAGUACGAGAACAUGAAGGACUACGAGCUCAUGACGAACCGCGUCGAGUGGGCGUACCCGACCCAGACCCGCGAGUUCGUGGCCCUCGACAUCAUCGACCGACCGCGCAAGAUCCUCAUCUCCAAGAGCGCUCUGCACCCGGACAGGCCGGGGGGAAGCCGCUACCAGACCGAGGUGCCGCUGGACGAGACGGAAUACGUCCGCGCUGUGCAGUACUACGCCUCCAAGGUGGAGCCGCUUCCGGAUGGCAAGUGCCUGCUGCGCAUGGUGACCUGGGGGGAGAUGUGCGACAGCUACACGGCCUUCUGGAUCAACAAGUUCAACGCGCACGUGUUCAUCACCCCCAAGUACAAGCGGUUCCGCCGCGUCAUGGAGGACGGAGAGAAGGUGUUCGAGCUCAGCAACAUCGUGAACGAGGCCUGGAAGCUGCCCAAGCUGCUCAUGAUCAAGCCCGACCACUCGGUCGCCAAGGGAUCCAACUUCGUGGACAACCUUCGCAACCAGGGCAUUGAGGCAUCGGCAGCGAAGAAGGCAGCCAAGGUGGCGGAAAAAGAAAUGGCGGAGGCAUGAAGAUAUAUAAAUCUUCAUGAUGAGUUUUUUUUUUUUUUAGGGAAAAGGAUGGGUGUCGUUGUGCGGAUUUUCCCCCAGCGUCACGUACCAUAUCCUCUCCGGCAUGUUGGGAGGGUUUGCGCACGGGGCGCUGUCAGUCUGUUCCACCACACUCGGCAUUUUGGCUGAAGCAGCACAGGUGUAUACUGUCGUGGGCAAGACGCAUCUACCUCUUGCGUUGGUUUAUUCUGGCAAGGAGAGCUUUAAGAAGUUGUUAACAUUGACUGUGAUUCAGUGAUAUUGCGGCCAGGUUUUGUUUCUAUACUCGUGUGAGUGCGGGCAUGUGUGGAUGCUGGGCUGACGGUACUGGUGUGUUUAUAGAAAAAGGUAGCCGUUUGUUGUAGAUUGAAAAUCGAGCGCGCCUUGCUUGCCGCUGGCGGCUCUAUCCCUUCCCACCCUUCGCCUGGCGUUGUAUGCGUACUGGUACAAUACAGCCCUUGCUGAUGAUGGUUGGUCGGCGACAUGGGUAGGGGAAUCACUUAAAAUUGCCCCCCGUGAAAAAGCCAACAGCAUUAUCAAUUUGGUUUGUCUGGACUUUUGGAUCUAUUUUGCCGUCGCAUGUUGUCCGUGGUGCGGGAAAAUAGAGGGGUGUGUCGACGUCAGGGCUGGUUAGCAGUACUAGCCCCAACAGAUGCACUAUUCUUGUGGAUGUUGAGUGGGGUCCCAUGCCUAUCCUGUGGUCGCGGUUCAACAGCGUAAUAUGAUACGUCGUGUGAGUAGAGGCGACGCAAAUUGCAUGAAACCCAAACAAUUAUUUCCCCAACGGCCCAUGAUGCCAGAUUGUUGUCUCUCGGCGUGUGGGAGCCUCGAAUCCCAGGUUGUGCUUUUGUUUGUUCUAUACCUGCCAGGCACGGGGCGAGCGAAUGGGCAACACUUGACUCCACGCAAGUGUAUUUUUGCUUGCUCUCAAAUCGCGGCCUGCCCGCGCCUUCUACAGCACCAACAUGGAUCAGAUGACCCCGUGCAAAUUUUGACUGCUUGACACAACACCGAAGCAAAAAGCGGACAACACACCGACGGCGUGAAUAAGCGACCCAUGCACUCGUGUGAAAUCUCUCUUCAUUUAUCACGGCCUGCGUGCGCCGUGAAAAUAGCUGGGCUGCAACGACAGUCCUCACGCCACACACGAGGCGGACCAGAGUUGGCCGGGACCACUCUACAGCUUCCACAGGCGAACUACACCAUAACAUGAUGGCUGUGGGCGCACCCUGCACCCUGUCCUCAGAAAACGCUACAAAGUAUAAUACAACCAGGAGGUGGACCAACCCUUGCUUGGUGCCCCCCAAACGCGCACCGUAACAAAUUUUUCCUCCGAGCACCUCGACCCCUGUACAACUCUGGGACGAAUGUUCGCCAGCAAGCACAUUUCCAGCAGUCUUGGAAGACGAGACAAGCGGAGCAGAUCAGUCUCGCUUGGCGUACGUACAAGUACACGCGAUCAAGCCUUCUGUCCUCUCGCAGCAGCCCAAAGGCGAACGGCCACCAUUCUUCUUUCUCAGCUUUUGUCCCGUCUGCGUCCCCCCCCUCCUCACCCACCCCCGGUCCCUCUGCGUGCUUGCCCACGGGAGGAAAAUGUACCCCAGAGGAGUUGAUCGGGACAUGAAAAUCCACGCUGCGACCACGAAAAGAACGCCUCCAGCUGAAAGGUGCAAGCAUCGGUGUCCCAGUAGGCAGCCGCUGUCAUCUGUUCUCCCUUUUCCCCUGCCAUUUGCCAUACGAGGCGGACUCACGCCGAACUGGUGGUUGAUGAUACUGAGCUCACGGGGCUGGAAGAGAACACGACUCUGUAUCUCCUUCAUGAGAAGGCAGCUCCUCCGCACUUUAUUCCUCUUGCUCCCCUUCUCCCUUCAAUUCAUCGUAUUCC